AUGAAUGUUGUUUGGGCCUCAGUCUUGACUGGAAAUGGUAGAGAGCUGGAACUGGGGAGCGUGACUGAAGCAACACUUGUUGGCGAAACCGACACCUUCGGAGCAGACAUAUGUUCGGUGCUAAUCAGAGGAUUAAUCGUUGUGGUACCAAUUAAAGCAGAAAGAGGUAGUAAAUUGGGUACGAGGCCAAUAGUAGCCAACUUUAUAGCCGUAGACGUGAGAGAACUGAUAACUGGCAUCUGCGAUGAAAUGAGUGACGGAUUCGACAGCAUCCCGUUUACAAAUGGAGCUUUGUUGCCGAAUAAGGCAUUUGGCAAUGCUGCUAUUGCUGCAGGAUCUAGUCGAUUAGACAGAUCGGAUAACUGCUGCAGUGAUGAUAUCAGACCCUGGAAGUAA